AGUCGCUCGACGGCGUUCGACUUUGCUACAUCGCACUAUCCGUGACUGCGCAGUCGGCAUCGGCGCACGCGACUAACCCGCCAACUCUGUGUUGACAUUCGAAAAGUGCGUCGCUAUUGGCUACGAACGUCGAAAAAUCCACUGGCGACUUGAUUUUUAGUGGUUAGCAGGGGUUUCGGAGGCUUUUUCGAGAAAAUAUCGAAGAUUAUAUGCAUGUAACCACAAAUAAGUAGAAGAUAAGCUGAAAACCCAAAAAUCCAAGAUGGCUGGCGUGGCGUGGUUUCUUUUGUUUAGCGCGGCCGUCUCGAUCCAUCCUUCGGUCACCGCGGGGUUGCCGAGCAUGAGGGACAGUCUCACCAACCCCAUUCACGUCUACGAAGGUGAUGACGCUCUCAUCACGUGUGUGGUGAGAGAUAUCGGAAAAAAUACGGUCAUGUGGAAAAAGGAAGAUCGCGAAAGGCACAGCAUGCGCGUUUUGACAGCAGGAGAGACGCGUGUGACAGCUGACAAACGUUUCGGUGUCCUACACGAUUCAGAAUCGACUCCAAUUCCAUCUGGUGGGGAUGUGUGGGUGUUAUUUAUUAAAAAUCCAAAACCAUCCGACUCAGGAAUAUAUGUUUGCGAGGUUAACAGUAACCCCAUUGUCAGAAGUUUUCACAAGCUCAGUGUAUUAUCGAAAAGUAUCUUACCGCCAAAUAAUACCACGGAUGUUACAACAAUUGACGAGAAGCAACCAAACUUCAACAGCAGAAAUCACAACUACACCACCUGUUGCAUAUCACAGAAUGUUUCUUCGGAUUGUUUAGGUUUCUGCAACAUUCAAAGCAUAUUGGAAGGAAACACAGGUCAGGAUCCGGAAAAUUGCGAGAACGAUUUUCCCGCCAUUGUAAAAUGCAUGGCAGAUGGCCGUAACCACGUGCCCUGCUGUAUACAGGAAAGGGUUCCCGAUAUAUGCCAGGAUGUGUGUAGAGGGGAAUACACCGCCAUUACGGACAACAUUAAAACGCAUUUUUCAUGCUCCGCCUAUACCGAACAAACAUUGGCCUGUAUAGUUGAAGGAAUAGAACUGCUCCCAAGUCCGCCGGAAAACGUGGAAGUCGAAGCUCUGACGGAAAAGUCCUUGAGCGUUUCCUGGUCGCUCCCAGUUUCGAACUUGGAGAGUGUCAGGGAGUAUAACGUCAACGUCACAUCCCUGAAAACUUUCGAUGAUCGGGUCCUGGAACCUGUGGGUUCGAACAAAACUUCUACCAGGCAAACCAUCAGCGUCAAGGUGCCCAUAGGUCAGAAUUCCACGGUUCUGAAUAAUUUGAUGCCGUUUACCAUGUACGAAGUGACUGUGACGGCUCUGAAUAGGCACGGAAGUAGUUUGCCCAGUUAUAAGGUGCGAUCUUUGACCCUAACACCCGGUAAAAUGAAGCAAACCAACGUGGCCCCGGCCCCGCAACUCCCCGACAUCAAAGCCUGCUGCGCAAACAAGGGCAUAGGGCACAAGACCUGCGUGAAUAAACUUUGCGACCCAUCCGAGACGAAAUCCGUGGAAAUCACCGACCUGAUGAUAUGCGCGCCCUGGGCCGCGGACACGUUCAGCUGCCUGACCAACGGCCUGGACCACACGCCGUGCUGCAGAGCUAGGGGGCUGCCCGAUAUUUGCCAAGAGUUGUGCACCGGGAACGUUUCCAGCAUAGAUUUUAACUACUUCAAGUGUCUCCGUUACAUGGGGGAGUACACCAACUGUUUGCUGCAAGGGUACGGGGUUCUCCCCAGCGCCCCCACUCAGGUCCACAUCACCAACAUCGAAACCGAAUUCGCUAUUUUGCACUGGUCGCCCCCCAAAACUUUGGGGGACACUGUGCAACACUAUAACGUGCACAUACGUAGUUUUACAGAAGAAGAAAGUGAAUACAUGGACAUACCCAAAGUGCAAAGCCCCUAUGUGCUGGAAAAUUUGGAGAGUGAUACCGACUAUGAAGUUUACAUCGAGGCGGUUAACACUCAUGGAACUGGCAGCCCUAGCAGUCGACUUACUUUCAGAACUGAGAGUCGGAUCCUGGAGGAAAAAAUAGAGGAAGCCUCCACCUACAAUGUGACGUCUUGUUGCAUCGAUGCUCAGUUGAGCAACAUGUGCAUGCCUCUGUGCAGCUACGAUGCUAGUAUGGUGGACUUGAAGCUGUUUGCGGGGGUGUGCGCAGCUGAAUUUCACAAAUUGUUGAGGUGCGGCGCCGGCGGUAGGAACCAUAACUCUUGCUGCACGCGCAGGGGUGUACCGCCCAGUUGCCUAACCUUAUGUUCCGGGGUUAUCGUUGAUAGUUUGUUGAGUACCGCCACCACCUGUAUACCUUACAUCGGCAACAUUGCGCAGUGUUUCGAAGAGGGAACGGGUUUGCUUCCUGGGCCCAUAUCAGAGUUACAUGCUACUGUGGUGGAUAAAAAUACGAUAAUGCUCGAGUGGGAACCACCUGCGGAUAAUUCCAAUGUCACUGAUUACGUGAUAAACUACCAGAAAGUUGAUAAUACUUCAAUGCACGAAACAUUAUUGAAAUUGGACAAUCAAAUAAACACCACCCUAUCAACGGCAACCAUAACGGGUUUGGAAGAAAACGAGCUCUACCACUUGUUCGUGGUAUCCAGAAAUAAACACGGCACCUCCUUACCAUCAUCGCUUAUCGAAAUUAAAAUGAUAAAAACGUCAAAACCAUCUGAUUGGGUGAACGCGGUCACCUCUCCUCCCCACUCAUUGGCCGUGGCUACGCACAGCGCCACCUGGGUGACGAUCACCUGGCAACCGCCAGAGUUUAGCCACCCAUCAGAACAAAUAACCUACAAGUUGUAUUACAAGUCGACGCAAGACGCCGCUUUCAUAACGAAAAACACCAGCGUCACUUCUCACAUGAUAACCGACCUGAGCCCCAACACCCAGUAUAUUCUUUACGUUACGGCUUUGACCGGUAAAGGUGCGAGCAAACCUUCGGAAACGUUGAUUGCCUGGACGGAUCCCGCGUAUCCCGCUUUUGUCGAGCCGCCAACCGUGCACCCCAUCAAUCUGGUCAUAGAAGGGAUGUCGAUGACGAUCCUCUGCAUCGCCAUGGGCACUCCGAUGCCGACGAUUUCGCUGUAUUUAUCCGGAAGGCUGGUGAGGCAGGAAACGACGCGCCACAUGGUCACGGUGGUGCACAACGUGACGCGCGACAUGGAUCAGAUAUCGUGCUACGCCGAUAACGGUUACGGUACUCCGAUGCAGGCUUCGAGAAAAAUAACCAUAAGUCACGGUCCUCACAUACAAGCCAGCGGUAUUACGAUGGCGCACAUGGGCGAUUCCGUGACGCUUCUGUGCAAAGUCGAGGCCGAACCUGAGCCGAAAAUGAUAUUCUGGAGGAACCACGAAGAUCGCACUCCGGUUAUACAGGGCGGGAAGUACGAUAUCAGUAUCAAAAAGAUGAAGGAUGAGGAUGAAAAGUACACUAUGUUGCUUACCAUCAAUAAGAUUAACGAUAUGGAUGUCGGGGAGUAUUAUUGUCACGCUGAGAACGCUUUUGGUAGCGCAACUCAGCCGGUGUCGGUGCGAAUCCGCAACGUUGCCGCCACUCAAAACGUGACGCAAUGUUGCAUGGAGCAAAACGUGACGAGCGCUUGCAUGGACGCGUGUUCGUUCCACUUGGACAUCGACGCGGUCAUCGACAAACCCGAAUGUCUCGCGGACUUCGACAAGUUGAUGAAAUGCGCGGCAGACGGCUCCGAUCACAGAAACUGCUGCGCGCAAAACAACGUGCCGCGCAGAUGUUUGGAUUACUGCAGGGGAGAGCCGCUGCUGAACAACAAAAUGUGCGUGCUGAGCUACACCAAGCAGAUCAUGAGCUGCUUCCACGAGGGAAGGGAAAAACUGCCCGGUCCGCCUCAAAACGUGACGGUGGAAUUCCUGGACGCCCGCACCGUGAAAAUUCACUGGGACCCUCCGAUCAAAAACCCCCACACCGUAGAACUGUACAGGGUGUUCUGGAGGAGCAUCGACAAACCGGGCAACAAAAACGGCAAAAAGGAAGACACCGCUUCCACUUUCUUGACCAUCGGUCAGUUGGUGGAGGGGGUGACCUACGAAGCGGUCGUCAAAGCAGGAAACCACGACGGGACUUCGACGACGACGGAUCCGAUCAAGUUCACGCCCGGCGAGAAGUACGUCACUUCCGCCGCGAGUCACGACAGCGACGGCGGUCACGCCGGCGUCGCGGUGGCGGUCAUCUUGGCGCUCGCCGUCGUGGCCGCCAUCGUCUGCGGCGCCGUUUGGUUCGUGCGGACGAAGAAGAUGCUGGGCAUGAAGAGCACGAACAACAUCGCCUUCGAGAAUCCCAGUUACCUGAGGGAGGUCAACAUGGAUCACAUACAGGUACCUCAAGGUGGCCAAAACGAAACCCUCAUAUCCAACAACGGCACCUCGGCCACGGCCGCAACUAACGGCAACACCGCCUUGGUUGGGGGCGGCAUAUCCGUGUCGUCCGCCUCCGGGGGCGGGGUGGGCUGGAAAAACGAGGCCCUGCAUGUGCCAGCGGCGUGCUCGGAAGUGAAUCCGACCCUGUACGAGGAACUGAAGUUGGGGCAGGACGGCGCCGGGUUCAAAAGAUUGAAGCCCUAGUACGAAAGUAUUAGGUACAGUUUUUUGAGGGGGGACGAGUCCAGGUUUUAAGCAAUUUUUAUUUUCGACGACUUAUCGUCGUGGAAAGUGAUAGAGAUUUUUUAUUUUGAUUUUUAGGAGUUUUGAACUGCUCGAACAAUUUUUAAUGUAUAUAGUUUUAUUUUUAUAAAAAUUGGGGUUCGUUCAGGACAAAUACCUCAUUACAUAGUUAAUUUAUAUAAAAAUGUGAUUUACUUUAUUAAAAAGAAAAUAAUAUAAAAAGUAUUAUUUUUAAGUGUUUUGGGAUUAAGGAUAGAUUUACACUGUCUAGUUAGUGUAGAACAUACAUAUAAAAAACAAUCCAUAAAAAGUGAUACGUAAUAAUUUUUAUUAAAAAUAGGGCCUAAAUAGUAAACAUUCCAUUUUUGGUGCAUAAGCGUGGUUAAUAUAUCUAGUCGUUAACACAAGCCACGUUCUCUACAAUUAUUUCUUUAAACACUGUGUAUAUUAUUAAAUAAUAUAUACAUGACUUGUGCCUUUCACAAAAGUAAUGUAUAGGAUUAAAUAUUAAAUGUGUAGCGUUAUGAUAAUUUCUUUGUACAUACUUUCUAACGAUUUGUAACAUAAUAUGUCACCAUAGAAAGAAAAUAUAACAAUAUAGAAAUACAUCCCAUUAA